UUUUUACUAUAAUCGAGAGAGUAUUACAUUUUACAAGAGAUGAAUGAGUAAAAAAUGAGAUCCCCCUCUAACCUACUAUUAAGUCUCUAUUUAUAAGCAUGUGAAUAAGCCUUAGGGCCUCAAGCCCAUUCCCUAAGAUAAUUGGGCUUAAGCCCCUUUAAUACAUUGAAGGGUAAGAUAGUAAUUUCGGUUUUACGCGGGAGACCUCCUCGCGCUUUUAGUGACUCCUCUGGUGAAAAUGUCUUCUCUGGCGAGGGCGUCUUCUCUGGCGAUGUUGACGUCUCUGGCGGAGGUGACUCCUCUGGUAAGCACGACUCCUCUGGCGAGGAUGACCUCUCUGGCAAAUACGCCUCCUCUGGCGAGGAUGACUUCUCUGGCAGAUACGCCUCCUCUGGCGAGGAUGACUUCUCUGGUUUACACCAUUUCCCUACUAUGCACAUAUCACUCCUCAUCAGCUGCUGUCUUCCAAACAUGGGUAAAGUACAAAAGUGAAGAAGAGACACCAGAGUCAAGUUCACAAAAUAAACUUCACAUUAAUACGGAAGACUUAUUUGAACUGUCGCAGUUUGUCAUUGGAGAGCAGCCGUCGUGGGGCCAUAUUAAACUAUGGCAGGAUUAUGAUAAGGUUAUUGCAGUGGUGAACAUUGCAAAUCACUGGAUCACCUUAUGCAUUAAUCUGGUAGAAGCAUCGAUCACAGUUUAGGACUCCCAGCAGCACAUCUUCACAGCAAAUGACUAUGUACUAAGCACACAGAACAUCGUGCCAUUGUCUAGAUUGCUUCCAUACGUACUGAAAUAUACAGGUUUCUACGAUGCAAGACCAGAGCUCGAAGAAUCUAUGAAGCAAUGGAAGAUAGAGCAUCCUAAGGAAAGCAACUUGUACGAGCAAAAAGAUGAUAUAAACUGCGAACCAUUUGCAGUAAAGUUUGUGGAGGCAAUUCUGACAGGGCGCUGGGAAGAUGGCUUCAGUGGGAACAGUUUGAAGAAGUGCAGAAAUCACAUGGCGACGACAGUUUAUGCAUUCAGUACCAGUUAUGACGAGUGAGAAAACAAGAAUUUGAAAAUUUUAAUGGUGGUUGGUUUAGAAACUUAAAACUGAUUAUGUUUGAUGCUUGGGAUAAUAACUUUGGUUUGUGGUGGUUUGACUGUUUUAAUACUUUUGCUAGCUAGUGUGAAUGGUUAGGUGAUGAAUGUUUUAAUACUUUGGGUUGUGGUAGUUAUGAUGAAUGUUUUAGUUAAAUGCUAUUUUGUUUU